AUGUCAACAAUUCCAUUGGAACAUCCAUAUCAUAAAGAGCUUUUAAUCGCUACUUUGGCAGUGAAAAGAGCUUCUGUAUUAACUAAGAAGUUGAGCGACUCUAUUUCUACCACUCAAAGUUCUGGGACCGAAACUAAACAGGAUAAAUCACCCGUUACGAUUGGUGAUUAUGCGGCACAAGCUAUCAUCAACAAAGCAAUUUCUUUGAAUUUCCCUACUGAUGAAAUUGUUGGAGAAGAAGACUCCGAUACUUUGCGUGGAAAUACAGAGGAAGCUCAUAGAUUGAGUGAAAAAAUCAUAGCCAUUGUGAAUGAUGUACAAACUGAAACAGCUCUGAGUACCGAUAUUAUUGGUAGUCUUAAAGAUUUACCAAGCAUUUAUGACAGUAUCGAUUUAGGGAAUUCCCAAGGUGGGUCAAAGGGAAGAUUUUGGGCUUUAGACCCAAUCGAUGGUACAAAAGGUUUCCUUAGAGGUGACCAGUUUGCUGUUUGUUUGGCGUUAAUUGAAGAUGGAAAAGUAAUUCUUGGUGUUAUUGGUUGUCCUAACUUACCAGAAACCAUCGAAUCCAAUGACAAGACAAGUGGAAUUAGAGGCGGUUUAUAUUCCGCAGUGAAGGGAAUUGGUUCAUUCUACACUCCUUUAUUUGCCGAUAACGAAUUUGUACCAUUGCAAAAACAGCAGAGGAUCUCUAUGAAGCAACAUACUUCCCCUGAUUCUCUCAAGGUUGUUGAAGGUGUUGAGAAGGGCCAUUCUUCACAUUCAACCCAGUCCCAGAUUAAGGCUAAGCUUGGAUUUGAAGAUAAGACAGUUUCACUUCAAACCAUUAACUUGGAUUCUCAAGUAAAGUACUGUGUCCUUGCCACGGGCCAAGCUGACAUCUACUUGCGUUUACCUAUAAGUGAUUCUUAUCGUGAAAAGAUUUGGGAUCAUGCGGCCGGAAACAUUUUGGUGUAUGAAAGUGGUGGGUAUGUUGGCGAUAUCUAUGGAAAUGAGCUUAAUUUUGGUAAUGGCAGACUCCUCGACUCGAAAGGAGUGGUAGCUGGUAACAAGGCAGUAUUCAAAUCUGUUAUUGGGGCAGUAAAAGAUGUGCUUGACCUUUGA